AUGAAGGCCACCUUUGCCGUUCUUGCUCUCGCCGGUCUCGUUGCCGCCCAGAACUUCGAUGGCCAGCCCGCAUGCGCCCUCAAAUGUCUCCAAGACGGCAUCCCCAAGGCUGGCUGUGAACUCACCGACAUCAAAUGCGCUUGCCAGAAGCAGGCUGAGAUCCAGGCCGCCGUCGCCUCGUGCGUUCUCGGCGCCUGCACGGCCGAUGAGGCGACCAAGGCCCAGGCUGCCGCCGCCGCCGCCUGCGCCAACGUGACGGGAGGCAGCUCUGGAUCGACGACGACAUCGACGUCGACGUCGACAUCGCAAACGACGACCAGCAGCGCCACGACGACGCCGACGACGACGAACGCAUCGGCCACGACAAGCCCAACGACGACGGGCGCGACGACGGGCGCGACGACGGGCGCGACGACGGGCGCGACGACGGGCGCGACGACGGGUACGACCAAGAGCUCGACAUCGACGUCGCGCACCAGCACGAGCACCGGCACCGGCACCAGCACCACCAGCAGCAACAUCGCCACCGCCACUGGUGCCGCCGGCGCCGGUCCCGUCGUUGGCGCCCUCGCUGCCGUACUCGCCGCUGCCGUUGCUUUGUAA